AUGGAAGAUUUAGUCGACGCGCACAACGCGUCCGCAGAGCACUUAAAAUCCCUCACAGACCAGAUCCAGAAAUGCGAAGCAAAACUCAUGGACCUAGAGGAUCGAUCUAGAAGGAGCAAUAUUAGGCUGAGGGGCAUCCCAGAGACGGUCCUCCCGGCGGAUCUACCCAGUUAUGUACACAGCUUUUUCAAGCUCCUGACCCCAGAAAUACCCACAGACAUGCUGCUGCUGGACCGCUUGCACAGAGUCCUUAAACCUCAACAUAUUGCCACGUCCUUACCCAGGGAUGUGUUAUUGAAAGCACACUACUUUCAUGUUAAAGACCUCCUGAUGAGGAGAAGCAGAACCGUGAAAGACCUACCAGCUGAAUAUACAAGCAUUAAAAUGUUUUCAGAUCUUUCAGCAGCCACCCUGAAACACCGGAAAAACCUUCCAACAGGUGACGGAAACCCUACGCGCCAACCGUAUCCUGCAAAUAACUGUUAA